GUAGGAAACUUAUUUCUAUUUUAAUGCUGGCAAUCGCAUAGGUUGGCAGCAGCGAUGUUUUUAAAGGACACGUCUGUAGUGCGAAACAUCGGUUGUUGAACUAAUUUCAGUCUGUCAUGAAGUAACGAAAGAGAUUAAGACCUCGAUGAGUAACCCAAAGCCCACAGAAUUCAGGAUUAGGUCACUUCCAUUCCCAAAACUCGUCCAUUUCGCGCAGGUUGAGGCUAAAUAAAGCCUUCAGUUCCCUUCAGUAGCUCAGCGCCUGCCCCCAUCACCACCUGAGUCCUCGCCAUCAGGGCGCUCGAUUCACGCAAUGGCAGGGGAAUGUUCAGUGGCGGGAUGCAAAGGGCGUGACAAUUUACUCACAUUUCCGGAAGAGGAGACUGAGAAGAGAGUGUGGCGUGACUUUUGCAAGAGUGAGACUGUGAAUGUUGAGACUGCCCGAAUUUGUGGCAAGCAUUUUAAAGAUACAGACUAUGAAAGUGUCACAUCUUCGAGAAAAUUAAAGACUGGGAGUCUACCAACACAACAUCCAUCUGGAAUUAAGAGUAAACCAGCCAGAGAGGGAUGUAGCACUGAAGAAUUCCAAAGGCAGAUGAAACGUUUAAAGAAAGAGAGGGGUAUUCUCUUGAAAAGAAAUAGACUCUUAACCAAAGAAAUUAAAGAGGCAAUGAAACAGGUGUCUGAUCUCCGUUAUCAAAAUGAAUUGAUAACAAAAGAGCGUGAUAAGGCUCAGAAAGAAAGGGAUGCUCUUCAGUUGGAGAAAAUACAUCUGUUAAGUGCGCUGGAGGAGGAGAGAAAAGCGAGGGAGGUUCUGGUUGCAAGGAAGAGGAAGGAAGAAGCAGAACUUAACAAGACAGUUACAGAAAGCAACAGAGUACCUGAUUGUCCAUUGACGGAAACACCAACAGUGGAUGUAAUUAAUGUUAAAGAGGAGAAUGAAAUGUCGCUCACCGAGGUCCAUAAUGUAGAAAUGAAAGAUAUAGGAAGUGAGGACGCAGAUAUGGAACCAAAGACAGAAGAGGAUAUCACAAUAAAGGAAGAGGAAAUAGAGUGUGGUGAUCCGUUAUUGACUUUUCCAUGCCAGUUUUGUGAAAUUGUGUACGCCACCCAAAGUGACCUGGAGAAUCACAUAAAGGAAGAACACGAGAAAGGAGAGAUGCUGACUUGUUGCAGUUGUUAUAAAAUGUUCAGUGACGGAAUUGCACUGAAGCUUCAUAGAGUUGUACAUCAUCAGGCAAAGUUAUCUAAAAAAGAGGAAGAGGAACUUGCCGCUCUUCAUAGUGACGUCAGCGAUGAUAGGUUUAGAAAAAUCUCCGAAGCCAACACAGCUGGCAGGAGCACAACACAUAUGCCGUGGAAACUGAGAUCCUCAAGCUCUGGUGACAAACCAUCAGCUGUCAGGAAGCAUGAUGACCCCACAAGUACAUCCCAAGAGGCUGGUGAUUCAACCUCCUCACCUGGUGGUGCACCUUCAUCAAGAAGCUACAGUAGUGGGCCAGGCUCAUCUACAUCUCGACAAGCUGGUGCUGCAGGUAGAAGAGGCUGUCAGACUCAGUCUUUUCUGGAUCUCCUUGACGAAAGUGACUUCAGUGAGAGUGACGAUGACUGGCUACCCGAGGCAGUGACGUCAGCUGGGAGACUAAUUGGAGUUGAAGAAGCUGUCACUUCUUCGGAUUCGGAUUCUGAAGAGGAUCUCCAGGAGACAUCUGUAUCUUCUGCUAGGGAGCCAAGAAGAUUGUUUUACCUACGAAAUAAAUCUUUCGUAGACCAUGCUCCUCAGAAUGCAGCAGAAAAUUUGGGAUCUUGUAACCUGUUGAAGCCAAUUGAGUAUUUCCUGUCUUAUGUUAGUGAAGAUUUUUUGGAAGAUAUUGCAAUGUAUACAAAUAUGAAAUCAACUGAAACCACAGGAACAUGCAUCAACACAAACAGCAAAGAAAUUGCCGCUUUCAUAGGAAUGACAUUUGCUAUGUCAAUCAUAAAGAUGCCAAGGAUUAGAAUGUAUUGGCAGUCAAAAACUAGGAUCCCUUGGAUUGCUGAUAAGAUGACAAGAGACAGAUUUUUCCGUCUCAGACAUUCACUAAAGGUUAUUGAUGAUAACACUGUAUUGGAAGACGAAAGAAAAGUUGACAGGUUGUGGAAAGUAAGACCUUUGUUGGAAGCAGUGCGGACUCGUUGCAGCAAGUUGCCAAGGCCACCUAAGGUCAGUAUAGAUGAGAGCAUGAUUCCUUUUCGAGGUAGGAUCAGCAUCAGACAUGUCCCAGGCAAACCUUUCCCAGACGGGUUAAAAAUGUUUGUGCUAGCUUCCCCAAGUGGAAUGAUACUAGAUUUUGAAAUUUUCCAAACUAAAAAAGCAUUGCUAUCCAUUGUUGAAAAUUUGAAUGUUAAACCUAACAGAACCAUCACAACUGGUGAAGCAGCAGUAUUAAGGUUUGUCCGCAGUGUGGAUGCUGGCACAAGUAUCUUUUUCGAUAGAUAUUUUACAAGCUCCAACUUGCUGUGUGAUCUGUAUGACAGAGGACUUCGAGGAACAGGCAUUAUUAAGAAAAACAUGGUACCCAAAGAGGCUAAGCAGAAAUUGAAGACUGAGGCAGCCUUGCGCAAAGAGGGCAGAGGUGCAUCCGAUUGCCAAGUCAGAAAUGAUAACAAGGUGGCUGUGACUGCUUGGUAUGACAAAAAGUUGGUACUAAUGGCUUCCAAUGAGUUCUCUAUUGAUGAUGAAGAUAUAUGCCAGCGGUGGUCCAAAGUUACCAAUGCUCGUGUUGAUGUGAAGAGGCCCCGUGUGGUAAGGGAGUACAACAGGGCCAUGGGGGGUGUGGAUGUUCAUGACCAACUAGUCAGCUAUUACAGAAGCCCCAAUCGCACCAAGAAGUGGACUGUUAGGGUGGUAUUGCAUUUACUUGAUGCUGUAACUGUCAACUGUUGGCUGGAAUACAGAAAGGAUAUGGAGUCAAAAUCCAAACAGUACCUAGACUUUAAACUAAUCUUGGCAGACCAGUUAAUGUCAGGUGAUUUCCUUGACCAUGCCACUGACAGUCAGAGUAUUUCUGAUGCAAGUCCCGUUUCAGUAGACUUUACUGAUUCGGAGACUGAACCUCCUCCAAAGGCAGCUAAACAGGGCUUGACUCCUCUGCCAAACAGGGCUGAAAGAAAGAAAGGUGCAUCUCAUCUCCCUAUAAUCAUUGAUGAUAAGAACUCUUUCCGCAGAUGUCGCAGAGAAGGAUGUAAGAACAGGACAAGAACAUUUUGCUCUCGGUGUAAGGUGUUUCUCUGCAACUAUGCAAAGAGAAACUGCUUCUAUGAGUUUCAUGUUUAAGUGAUAUAUUUGAUUUCUGUUUUUUUUUUUUCUUUCUUUCUUUUUUUUUUUUAGUAUGGUGCAUACAUGUUCCUUAUCAAAACAAUCAUUUUGCAUAGGAUUAUUCUAUAGAAGUGAUAUUUUACUUUUCGUUAGUCUUGUACCAGAGAAUAAUCUCAUGAAAGAUUUAUUUUUCUAUAGAGAUGGAAACUACAGCAGUGAUAGUAGGCAUACUAUCUUGCUGAUAAGUCAAUGAAUCUAUUUUUAUAGAUAUUACAGGAAAAGAUACGUUUUUUUUUCAAAGUAUUUUUAAACUAUUUUAUAGAAGAAUUUAUUAACUUGCCUCAAUGAAGGAUUGCAGGUAUACAGUAAUGGAAAAUAAAAUAUUUUCUACACAUUUAACAGAAGAAUUGUAUUUAUUUUUACGAACCAUGUAUGCAUCCAUUUACCAUUUUACAGAAGGAUUGUUCUUUAAUUGAUAUAAGUAUACAUUGCAGGUACGCAGUCAAUGAAAAUAAAGUGUUUUGUUUCAU